AUGGCACUCUCCCCAACCGCCUACAUCUCGCCCGGCUGCAGCGCGCAGUGCCAGCAGUGCGUAAGUGCCAAGCCCGACUCCUUCGCCUUUGCCUCCGCUCAGAGCAUCUCUCUCUACCGAGUGAGCACCGCCAACGUGACCAUUCCAACGAGCACGAGCAACACCCCAGCACAGGCGCAGCAGCAGCAGCAGCAGUCGCUCGAAACGAUCGCCAUUACGAACUACCCGCUGGUGACCCUCUUCGGCCAUGGCGCCAACGCCGCCAUCGGGGCCUUCUCGUACAACGAUGACUACAUGGCGUGCCUGACGCCGCAGAACAAGCAAAUUCUUCUGUGGCGCUUGAAGGAUGCCGAGACGCUCACCGCGAAAAAGAUUACCAGCACCGCCCUGUCCGACACCUUCAAGCGCGAGGGCAACCCGUCCACAAUGUGCCUCGCCGGCAGGCACCAUGUUCUCUGCGGCACAAACACAGGGCGGCUCAUCUCGCUCAACACGAACCUCGACAACGCCGUGCCGCACAGCGUCGCUAUUCCGCCAUCGCAGCAACGCGGGGAGGCGCGGCAGUCCCGCUCGCCAUUGUCACCGAGGAACGCGUACAGUGUCCCCGCUGCAGCCGCUCCGCUGAGCUCCCUCAAUCCCAGUGGCACAAGCAACGCAGCUGCGGCCGCGGUGGAGUCGGUGGAGUGCAUUGUGGCGGCAACAGCGCGGCCAGAGGUAGUCGCGUGCGGCACCUCAGAUGGUACGCUGUGCCUGCUGACGCUGAAUGCGAGCACAGGCCUGCUUGUGACGGCCUCGCUGUGCCCGUUCCCAGCGAAGGAGAAGAGCGACACGGUCCUCGACGUGAACCCGCUACCGGUGACCUCCCUCGCCUUCGAGCCAACCUCUGCGCAGUACCUCGUUGUCGGCUCGCAAGACGGCGCGCUGGCGCUCUGUGAUAUGAACAAGAAUUCCAUCGUGCAGACGUUCGAGGUCAACAAGCUGCCUGAGAAGCAUAUCAGCUCCAUCGCCUGGAUCCCCGGUGAGGCAGGCGCCUUCUACACUGCCAGCACCGACAGUCCGGUGCUCCGCAAGUGGACCGUCUCCAGCAAGUCGGUCGUCGGCAGCGUGAGCAUCAUGAUGAUGCACCCGACGCCACAGCAGCGGUGCUCGGGCGCAUGCGGUGCGGCAGACGCGAGCAACUCUGCCGACGCGGAGCACAGCAGCAGCAGAACCGGCAUUCGCAGUGUGGCCUGCAUCGACCAGACACGCGUCGUUGUGGGGCUGACCAACGGCGCCGUGAAAGUGUACGACGUGGCACAGCAGCGGCUGGAGUGCGACAUCGUGACGGGCCACACCGACGCGACCCUCAGCUGCAAGCUGUCGAAGCACGACCGCGAUCAGGCGGCGACGGGUGGCGUCGAUGGGAUGAUCCGUGUGUGGAACUUGCGCACGCUUAGCCAGCAGUACAGCAUCCCGGUGGGGCCCGUGAUGGUGCACUCUGUAGACUGGUCCCCGAAUGGCAAGCACCUCAUCGCCGCCCUCGGUAGCGGUGAGGUGGUCAUGUACUCCACGUCGACAAACCGAGAGUCGUGGCGCACACCGGUCUUCUCGGAGCUUGUCUACCGCGUCUGCUGGGCCGCGGGUGACUCCAGCCUCAUCGCCGCCACCUCCCGCAGCGGCGUCGCCGUGCUCUCCUCGAAGGACGGGAAGGUGGUUCGGCGCUACCCCGCCACGCGCGGUGCCUUCUACGGCGUCGACAUCGAGCCAACUAAGAGCAAGAUGAUAGCCGCCGGCUCACAUGAUCACCGCAUUUACGUGUACAACCUCUCCAGCAGCAGCGACCGCCCCGUACACGUGCUGGCAGGUCACACGGACGCCGUCUGCGACGUUGCCUACAACCCAACAGCGCUGAACUACCUCCUUUCGGGCAGCUACGACGGCACACUGCGCGUGUGGGACCUCUCGUCGAACGACACGCACACUAUCUCUGUCUCGUCGCGUGCGCUGAAAGGCCACGCCGACCGCGUGCGCAGCGUAGCAUGGUGCAGCCUGGCGCCCUACUUGGUCAUCAGCGGCUCCGCGGAUGCGUCGAUCCGCCUGUGGGACAUCCGCAACGGCGUCGCCAUAACCACCGUUCGGGGCCACAACGCGGACGUCGUCGCCAUCUCGAGUCACGUCGACCGUCCGCUCACGUUCUUGUCUGCCGCGCGGGAUAGCACGCUGGUGGCAUGGAACGUGGCCCUGCUGCGGCAGGUGUACCUCGACGCCGCCCUCGGCACCCUUGAGAGCUGCAUUGUGGCCGACCCGUCCUCGCUCAUGGGCGUGGCCGCGUCCAACGUGACCGUCUCGCAGGUGGCCGGAGCAGCGGUGCAGCGGCUUGCCAAGGAACUCGCCGAGUGCGCGAGUAGGCCGGCGGAGCGGCUGCAGAAGCUGGUGAGCUUCUUUGAGUUCCCCAACGGGGCGGCGGAGGUGGCGGAGAUGGCACUCUGCGCGGUGGACCCGGCAGCGUACCAGGUGGCGGUAGCAGAGGGGAAGACGGCCGCAACGGGGCUCGUUGUGCCGGCACGGAGCCUGGCAGAGGCGGCGCGUGCUCGUGCCACGUAUACCAACGAGCGCGCCCACGGCAAGUCCGUUAACGCUGCCGGGCCGUCGUAUAAGAAGCAGCGCCUGCUGGAGGCGGCCGACGAGUUUUUACGCGUGGGACAGCUGGAGGCGUACUGCGACCUGCUUGUGGAGGCAGAGGAGUGGGACCGCGCGAUUGCGGCGAGCCCAGCCAUCUCACGUGCUUACUGGCGCAGUGUCUGCCAGAAGGCCGCAGAGGCGAUGGAGGCGACUGGCGACGCGCGCGCCGUGGCCUACUACAUCAUCGGUGAGCAUGCUCACAAAGCCGCGCAACUGCUGACACGCCUGUCGGAGCGCCACUACGAUGCUGCCACAGUGGUGUGCCAGACGUGUCCGCAGGUCGCCGAGGACCCACAGCAGCAGCAAGCGAAUGAACCACCGCACAACACCACCGUGGACGUGAACAGCGUGACGGCUGCGACGCAGCAGCUGCAGCGACAGCGUGCGGCAGUGCUGAAGCGCUACGCGAACCCGCAGCUCUUCGCGGCGGUCCUGCUCGCCUACGGUCACCAUGACGAAGCCGUGAAUGUCUUACAGCACUGCGGCGAUGUCGUGCUUGCCCACCUCCUCGUCCACACAGUGCCGCUGCGCGAGCAGGCGAGCAUUGACACCGCCUUUCGGCUCUCGAUGCUGCAGAGCGCGCGUCAGCAGAAGUGGGACACAGCGCUCACAUGUGCUACACGUCAGUCGAACCCGUACGAUGCCCUGGCCACAGUGCUCGCGCUUUUUCAAACGGCGCAGGGCAAGCAGCUGGUGGGGAAGACCACCGCGCCUUCGCUCACUCCUGGCAACCUAUCCACCUUGCAGGGCGUCGGCGAGCGUCUUAAGACUUUUUACGAGCAGGUGCGGGGGGAGUGCGGAAAGCUGCAGCUGCCGCUCGACGCUGCCGCGAUCCAGCAACGGCAUGCGCACGACGGGCUGGCCUCGCAGAACCAGCUCGCCGCCAUGGUGCUCGUGGCGGACCCCUCCUCAGGUCCGAUGACGGACGGCGCGAUCCUGCAGAGCUUAAGUGGCUUUAUGGAGAGUCUCCUGGCCGUCGCUCUGAAGGAGAUCGAUGGCGCGACCACUCCGUUUUACCUGCGCCAGGCGUACAACGUGUCCGCGUACGUAUCGCUGCCGUUCGAAACGCCGAGCAAGGCCGGGGGCAACCUCAGUGUCAGCCUUUCCGCGUCUGCCGUCAUCUCCACCAUGACGCCAGAGCACAAGCGCUUCCUGGCCCUGGCCUUCAUCGUUGCGGCGCUCAUGGCGGUGAAGGUGUAUCGCUUCCCGAAGCUGCUCAAUAGCGCCUUCACCAAGGCGCGUGAGCUGGCUGCCGCCUCCGGCAGCGCGAGCCUUAGCACGAUCCUCACCAACACACAGGGUGCCCUUGGCACCUACUCGCCGCAUUCGAAGGAGGUUGACUGCUCCUCCGUCGGCUGCACGGUACCGGCGCUGUCGAGCGAGGGCCGACAGAUCGUCUCUGUUCUCACCGGCGACCCCGUGUGCGGUGCCGUGUACGUGCUGGAGGACGGCUCCUCGUUUAUUUCGAAAUCCGAGGCGCUCGCGUGGAUGCUGUGCUCACACUUUUCCCCGCUCGGAAGUGGAGCGAGGCUGACGGCCCUAUAG